AAGAUUUCUUAAUUUUAUGAACCUGCACAAUAAUACUUUCACUUGGGAGACACAUGCUCAACGCCAUACAAUCUGUAAUCGUUGACCCAUCCUACUAUGAAAUAUUUUGCAUCGUUCUACCGUAAAGCAUCGUUUUGGAUAAUUUCCCAUAUCCAUUCACAUUUCGAUAGGUCAAUGUAGGCUUAGAUUAUCUUAGAUUAUAUUAGAUAUCCCCUCGCCACGGUCAGCGCAAAAAAUAGUAAUUUUUUGUAAAAAAUGAUUUUCCUGGAAGAUUAGAUAAAGAUUAUAUUUGAUUAUAGAUAACUAUUAGGUCUAGGAAAUUUUGUAGGGCCAUUAUCUGUACAGUGGAAAUAGACACAUAAGGUGGAGACGCUAAAGGUACACAGCUUUUUGCGAAAGUCAAUCCUACCAGUUGGUGGUACGGUACGGAUGGUAUACGAACUGUUACGUCUAGGUUACUUAUUUUUCAUAGUGCAGUUUUUUUUCCAACGGUAUGAAUAUAGAGUGUUGCGUUUGUACUGAAGCAUUUUUACCAUCAUCCGUAGUAAACACUACGCCAUGUGGCCACAUGUUUCAUCAGCAUUGCCUGUUGAGAUGGCUAGCACAAUCCAAAACAUGUCCACAGUGCCGCAAACAAUGCACUCCAGCACAACUCAUCAAAAUGUAUUUCAAUGUAGCGUCCAAUAGUUCAUUGGAGAAACAAUUGGAAAACCUCACAUUGAAAUUCCGUGCUCAGGAAGCGCUGUUGAAAACGUUGAAAAACGAUGCAACCGCACAUAAAUGCGAACAGCAAAAGAUGAGUAAAACUAUACAGGACUUGGAAAAGGAGCUACGGACUAAGAAUGAUGCAAAAGAUUUGUUGUUGAAAAAUAAGGAUUACUCUAUCUCGAACAUUCGCCAUCAGCAACAGUUGUUGAAAAAAAUGAAAAAUGAUGCAGCCAUACAUAAAAUCACACAGAAAACAGAGGCUAAACGUAUUAAAAUGUUGGAAGAAGAGUUACACAAAAGGAAAAUAAUCAGUAAUCUGAUGCUGCAGGAAGGAGAUUGUUUUACCUCAAAAAUUCGCGUUCAGGAACAACUGUUGAACACAUUAAAAAACGAGGCAGCCGUACAUACAAACAAACAGCAACAGAUGAUUGCAGCUAUACAGAACGUGGAACAACAGCUACGUACUACGGAAAUUCGGAAUAAUUCGCUUCUGCGGGAACAGUAUUGUUUUACCUCGAAAAUUCGCGUUCAGCAACAACUGUUGGAAAAAUUGAAAAGUGAACAUCGAGGGCUGUUCUCUGCAAAUGCUUUAAUGAUGCCAUUACUGUUCAGUGGUGUAAUUCUUGCAAUUCGUUUUUAUACUUAUUGUGCGUCUAAGAAAUAAAGCAUACGAUUGGAAUUAGACGUGCCACUGGUAUUUGUUUAAUCCUUUAUAUUUGUUAUUCAACAUCGAAUCAUCCGGGCUGUUCGCACGGUUCGCUAUUUUCUAUUUUUAUUCGUGAUUUCUAACACUAUGCAGUGUACGACAAGAGAUUGCGAACACUUAUUAACUAUCUCAAGCAUAUUCUCUUCUUUUACAUUAAACAAUAAUCGUUUUCCAUUGCGACAUAAUGAAGGAUGCACAAAUAAGCAUUACCUUUCUCAUUUAAGGUGAACCAGAUCGUGCUAAUUUCGCAGACUGGUGACAGUGUUCAGUCGUACAACCAUGAAUGAAAUUUUGUUAACUUAAUCUUUGGAAAAAGGCUCUUUUCAACAACAUUAAAUGGUGUAAAAUAUUUGAAACGAGUACGAAAAUAAAUAAGUGUCGUGUACUGUGGCCUUAAUCACUUCAACGGUUGAAUAAGGACUUCUUUUUACCUCGGUCU